AUGAUUGAUAUCCGUGUAUAUCAGCAAAAAACUUUAGAAUUUCCUACAGUAGGUAUCUGCAAAUUGAACCGAAAUGUAAAAGAAAGUGUUUUGAGAGAAAUCAUUGGGACAGCACUUUUGCUUUCUGAGCGAAAAUAUCUUACACAAGAUAGCAUGCAUAAGUUAUUGGAAUAUUCUGAAAUGAGUGAUGAAAGAAGACUAGCCCUUGCAGAAGAGACUGGAAAGUUUUUAGAAGAAUGCUCCUUUAAUGGUCAAAAUUGCACUUCGCAUCAGCUGGGUUAUUUCUUUCACUUGCGUUAUGAAAUGUGUAUCACCUUCAAUAAGAAAAUCAGUAGAAAUAAACCUCUGCAAAUUUCAGAAACUGGAAGUGGAACCGGCUUAAUCGUGAAAUUAAAAUUAAGUAGAGUUUAUUCGAAUGCGAAUCAAACAGAAGGUGUAAAAAUAAUUAUACAAAAUCCAAAUGAAGGAGAACCAGACCCAAAGAUUCGCGGAAUAAUCCUCAGCCCAAAUUAUGAAACACUAAUAUCCUUAAAACAAACAGCCCAUCAAAGAUUACCGCAACCAUACGAAGACAAAUGUCUAGAUUACAGAACCAGAGGUGAUCCAUCGAUAAAAAGUAAAUGGGAUUGCAUUACAGCCUGCAUUCAGCAACAGAAUAUUUUGAAAUGUGGUUGCAGAGAUCCAACAAUCAUGAUGAUGAAAAAUCAGAAGUUUUGUAAUAUGGCAAAUGAGACAGAGACAAGUUGUUUGGAUGAUGUAGAAAAGGCUAUGUCUAACAACAAAUCUACAUGUGAUUGUCCCGAACCUUGUUACUCAAUUAAUUAUAAGGAAAAAAUAUCAAGAUCUUUAUUAUUCACAUCAAAAAUAGCAAAAAGAUUGCAUAUGAACAUAAGGAAGGAAUCUAUUCCAUUCCAGAUCAAUAGUGUCAGAGCUAAUAUAUUUUACUCGAGUUUAGAAAGACAAAUUUUUGAACAACGACCUAAAUUAGACACAGUCGAAUUCCUUAGCUUUUUAGGAAAUCAGCUGGGCUUAUGGCUAGGACUAAAUCUUUUCGUACUCUUUGAACUGCUGGAAAAAAUGACAAUAACAAUAAACUUGUUAAAAGGUUAUUUUUUUCCCUCCUAA